CUCUCUGUUGUGAAAUUUCGCACCAUUAAUAUUAAACUUAGGACAAAAAGGUUGAGACCACUUAGUAGCUGAGACUGGGACCCAGUAUUCAUUCUUUGGGUCGUCUUCCUUCUUCCCACUUCCUACGAUAACUAUACGGUUAUAUAUUAUUGUAGCAACAGAAGCUUGACAAAUUCAAUUCCAGAGAAGAAUCUUGCUAUAUUCCACAAGAGAGAAAAUUAAAAGAGAGAGAUGGCUGAAGGAGGAGAAGAAGAAACGACACUUGAAACAACGCCAACAUGGGCUGUUGCUUCUGUUUGCUUCAUUUUGAUAUUGUUAUCGAUCAUAAUUGAGCACUUGCUCCAUCUUUUAGCCAAGUAUCUCAACAAGAAAAGGAGGAAGGCACUCUUACAGGCUUUAGACAAGAUAAAGUCAGAAUUGAUGCUACUGGGUUUCAUGUCCUUGUUGCUAACCGUAAGCGAAAAGCCUAUUGCAACUAUUUGCAUCCCAAAGAGCGUCGGCGAAACAUUUCUUCCUUGUGGUGGCGUGACUUCCGGUGAGAGCGAGGAAGAAGCAAAAUGUGCAGAGCAGGGAAAGCUGUCUCUAUUAUCUAGGUCAGGUGUUAGAGAACUCCAGUUCUUGAUCUUUGUGUUGGCUUCUUUCCAUUCUUUAUCAUCCAUACUCAUAUUUGGAUUAGGGAUGGCCAAGAUGAGGAGAUGGGAGUCUUGGGAGGCUGAAACAAGAACUCUUGACUACCAAUUUUCAAAGGAUCCAAGGAGAUUUCAGCUCACCCAUCAAACAUCAUUUGGUAAAAGGCACCUGAGAUACUGGAGUGAACACCGCCUUCUCCAGUGGCCGACAUGUUUUGUGAGGCAAUUUUAUGGAUCAGUCUCUAAAGUGGAUUAUCUCACACUCAGACAUGGAUUCAUUACGGCCCAUUUUGAGCAAGGAAGGAACUUUGAUUUUCAGAAAUACAUUAAAAGAGCUUUGGAGAAAGACUUUGGGGUGGUGGUGGGGAUAAGUUUCUGGAUUUGGAUUUUCUCUGUUUUUUACAUAUUCUUCAAUGCACAUAAAUUUUACAGUUACUUAUGGCUUCCAUUCAUUCCAUUAGUGAUGGUACUAUUGGUGGGUACAAAGCUAGAGGGCAUCAUAACUUCAAUGUGCUUGGAUAGCCAUGACAAGUCUCAUGUCGUUAGAGGAACUUUGCUUGUUAGGCCUAGUGACCAUUUUUUCUGGUUUGGCUGGCCCAAAUUGCUUCUCCACCUUAUACACUUCAUUUUAUUUCAGAACUCCUUUCAGCUUGCAUUCUUCACCUGGACUUGGUUCAAAUUUGGUCUAAGAUCAUGUUUCCAUAGAGAAACUGAAGAUAUUGUAAUAAGGCUAGCCAUGGGAGUAUCAGUACACUUCCUUUGUGGCUAUGUGACAUUGCCACUAUAUGCUUUGGUCACGCAGAUGGGUACAUCCAUGAAAAAAGUUGUAUUUCCGGAAAAUGUGGUUAUGGGCCUUAAAAGAUGGAGAGCCAGGGCAAGGAAAAAUCUGAAAAAACAUUACUCUGCUGCUAGCCCUUCAGUGGAUGCUUCAGUUGCCUCUAUUUCUUCACCUUCAUUUAGUCUUGAUGCUUCAUACGCUGUAGGUAGUGAUGGUCGGUCCGACGUUGAACAUAUUGCCAUUGAAGUGGAGAAUGGAGGAGAAGAAGAAAGCAGAAGCAGUUAAAGAACAUGAAAAGAUGGACUCAUUUGGUGGGUUUGAUUCUUUGAGCAGAUAGCUUCUAUUAGACAUUUAGAUGUACAAUUUUGUUAUUCUUUCAUUUUUAGUAUGAUUUGGAAUUUUGUAUGCAGCAAUCGGUUUGGGUGUUUACCAAUUCCAAAUUAAGUUGCAAUUUUGUGUGUAUAUAAAAGUUUUCUUCUUUUUAUUAUGAAUAGAUUUUUAUUUUUUCAAAUUCUCCUGGAUAAAUA